AUGGUUUGUAAUUGUUUUAUUGACAAGUUAGAAGGAGAUAUAUUGAAGUAUACAGUAAGUGAAGUUAUUUAAUUUUAGGUGAGCUUCCUUUGUGAAACGAGACCACCCACAAAGUUUUAGCUCUAAACGUAACUAUGCUCACAAGAACGGUAUGAUUUCCUUCACGGCACAUGAAAAAAAAACAACUGCCAAGAAAUUUUUGGUGAAGAGGGCUAAGCGCGCUCUAUCGAAAUUGCUGCGCAGAAACUAAUGUGUGUUGUGUGUCCGUAUCAACAAUGAUUGCGUUGCCCACUUCCUCUCUUCCCAUCAUUUUUGAACUUUACUAUUUUAAUUUAUUUUCUUGGCGGGUUUUCACGUAAAGAAACGCACAUGUAACAACGUCAAGAAUAUUUUUCCAGCAUCUACUUUGUAUUUGGGAGCAAGAUGGAAAACUUCCAAGUGAUGUCUGGAAUCAAACUGAAGAAUCAUUGAAUGAUUUUGAAUAUAAGCUAACGAAUGAAAAAAGGGAUUUUAUGCGGGUAAGUGUGUUAUACUUUCAAGUAGAUGUUGAAUGAAGGAAUUUAUACAUUUUUCAGGAUUCAUGGAGGAAAUAUGGGAAACAUGAUGAACAGGCAUUUUUGACUCUCGGGAAAAUUCAUCAGGUUAAUUUCAUCGUCGUAAUUUUCAAAAAAAAUCAACUUCACUAUUUUUCCAGAUGCAUUAUGAUCUUCGUUAUGGAAUUUUGCAUGGACGAAUUGUCAAAGACGAAACUAAAGAACUUGAGUAUUUGGAAGCUAAUGUGAGGUUUCAAGAGUUGUUAUUCGGAAAACAAGUCAUUUUUUCAGGCAGAAUACGCUAUUGUUCUGAAUUCGAACAAUAAAUACUUGGAAACAAAAAAACGGAAAGAUGUGUUACCAAAUCAGAAAGUUAUAAAGUUUCUGAUGAAAAGAGAUUUCGAACAACUGGGAAAAUUUGUAGAAUCCGAAGAACUAUUCAACAAAUUGACUGAUUUAUGUGAGCUUUCUUAGAAAAUCAAUUUAGAACUCGUUGAUAAUCAAUUGUUUCAGUAUGUCACGUUUGUCGAAAACGCUUUCAAGGAUGUUGUCCAAACCAUCCAAUUGUUCUUGUUAAGGAUCGGGUUGGUUUUGAGUUGAUAAUUCUGUUUUGAAAAAAAUCAGUAGUAUUUUCAGCUUCCUGAAUAUGAUGACGAUAAGACACUUUCAAUAUCGGAGAGAACAUGCCCACCGUCGUUAGAAAUUCGAGAAUCGAGUAUUCCAUUUGCUGGCCUUGGUGUAUUUGCGAAGGAAGACAUUCCAGUGAGUAUUCGAUCUCUUUAAAGUGGGCACAAAAUUAGAAAGAUUGAUGAAUUUUUCAAUACAUUUUUCAGGCUGGGUUUUUCUUCGGACCAUAUCGUGGAAUUUGGGUUGAUUCCGUUUCACCAACAAACUCCUACUCCUGGGAGAUGGUAGACGAAUUCCAUAACAAAAUAGGCUACAUCGAUUCAACAGAUAAAAACAAGUCAAAUUACUUGCGUUUUGUUAAUCAUGCUCCAUGUGAGUUUUCUAAAAAAAAUUCGAAACAUCCGGAUUAAAAACAAAAUUUCAGACGAGGAUGAGCAAAAUAUUGUGGCAUUUCAAAGAAACGAGGAUAUUUAUUACAGAGCUUAUAAACCGAUUGCAAAAAAUGCUGAAAUUCUGAGUAAGACCAGAGGUGAAAUUUAAUUCAAUGAUAAUCUUAUUCUUUCAGCUUACUAUGGUGAAAAAUUUCACAAAGAACUCGAAAAAGACGCUAAAAAGAGACAACACGCAAUUCUUGAAUAA